AAGUACAGCUCCGUGACGUCAUUAUCAGAGGCUCCUCCCCACUCCGCUUCCUCCGCCGCGGACGCGUCCUCUUCCUUCUCCUCCCUCCUUUUGCUGCUGCUUCCGCCGCCGCUGUGAAAAAAAGAGGAAGAAGCGACAUUAACCUGAAAGGAAAAAUAAUCCGAUACAAAUGCCGCGGGGCAGGCCCCCGAAACCACGGGCUGCGGACGGACUGCGAGCAGAUGGGGUUUUAACAGCAAAUUCUGAGAAUAACAGUUAUCCUUAUCAUGGAUCAUCGCAUAAGUGUGACAUCUGCUUGCUGUCCUUCAAUAAGGAGACACAAUACCAAAAACACAUGCGAGAUCAUGAGAGAAAUGACAAGCCUCAUCGUUGUGAUCAGUGCCCAUUAUCUUUUAAUAUUGAGUUUAACCUUACACUUCAUAAGUCUACACACAAUGUGGAGGAUCCUAUGUGUCCAGCAUGCAACAAGAAGUUCUCCCGAGUGGCCAGUCUCAAAGCCCAUAUUAUGCUUCACGAGAAAGAAGAGAUAUUAAUUUGUUCGGAGUGUGGCGAUGAGUUCACACUACAAAGCCACCUGUCAUUACACAUGGAGGAACAUCGUCAAGAGAUGGCUGGUAGCAAGACAUACAGUUGCAAAUCAUGCAAGAAAACCUUUGAUGCUGCAUCACAGCUAAAAGAUCAUAUGAAGACACAUUUCAAAAUAAGAGUCACAAGCACUAGAUCAUACAAUAGAAACAUAGACAGAAGUGGCUUCUCAUACUCUUGUCCACACUGUGGUAAAACAUUUCAAAAGCCAAGUCAGUUAACGCGCCACAUUAGAAUACACACAGGUGAAAGACCCUUCAAAUGCAGUCUCUGCGGAAAAGCUUUUAACCAAAAGGGGGCACUGGUAACCCAUAUGGUCAAACACACAGGGGAAAAGCCUCAUGCAUGUGGUUUUUGUCCAGCUGCCUUUUCUCAGAAAGGGAAUCUUCAGUCUCAUAUACAACGGGUACAUUCAGAGGUGAAGAAUGGAGUUACAUAUCACUGCACAGAUUGUAGCUGCAUUUUCAAAAGCCUUGGCAGUCUCAAUACUCAUAUUAGCAAAAUGCAUGUUUUGGGGUCACAGACUACACCAUCCUCCACUGAACCAGAUUCACACUUGACCACAGAUACAUCACAACCAUCAACAAUGCCAGAUACAAACCUUCUGCAACAGUCACCUGAUGAUAAGUGGCAAAAUCAGGCAGUAGUUUUUCAUCCUGUGCCAGCUCAGACAGAUCCGGCAAGCUCCUCCGCUUCUGGACAACCGGAGCAGCAACCAGCUGUGACAGAUGUUAUCCAGCAGCUCCUAGAGCUGUCUGAGCCAGUGUCUGUAGACAAUAACCAGAAUAUGCAGUCAGGACAACAACUGAAUAUUGCAGUGGGUGUUAACCGAGAUAUUUUACAGCAAGCUCUAGAAAACAGUGGCCUAUCAUCAAUCCCAGUUGCUCCGCUCCCUAGUGACUCCAGCCAGGCCAAGGCAACUAUUCAAGAAAUUGAAUGUCUUUCAAAUGAUCAAAUUGAGUGUAAUGAUCAAGGGCCCAUGAUAGAGCAAGAAGAGCAAGAUAAAAUAGAGAAAUCUGAGAAAAGAAUCUUUAAGAAGAAAGCUUCAUUUACAACAGUUUCAGGUUCGGUCAGAGAAGAAAGUGGUGUCCGGUGGCAUGUUUGUACAUAUUGUGAUAAGGAAUUUAAGAAGCCUAGUGACUUGGUUCGGCACAUUCGCAUUCAUACACAUGAGAAGCCGUUCAAAUGUCUGCAGUGCUUUAGGGCAUUCGCUGUCAAAAGCACCCUCACUGCUCAUAUAAAGACUCACACUGGUAUCAAAGCUUUUAAAUGCGACUUCUGCAUGAAGUGUUUUUCUACCUCUGGAAGUUUAAAGGUUCAUAUCCGGCUGCAUACUGGGGUCAGGCCUUUUGCUUGUCCACAUUGUGAAAAAAAGUUUCGGACUUCAGGGCACAGGAAAACUCACAUUGCCUCACAUUUUAAACAGUGUGAGUUGCGAAAAUUACGUCAUCAACGUAAGCCUGGCAAGGUACGCGCUGGGAAGAAUAAUGUUCCUGUAUCAGAGAUCCCACUGCAGGAGCCCAUUCUCAUCACAGAUCUGGGUCUCAUCCAGCCUAUCCCAAGGAAUAGCCAAUUCUUUCAGAGCUACUUCAUUAAUAGUUACACACAUGAGGUUGAUCGGCCAUACAAAUGUUAUUACUGUCAUCGAGCCUAUAAGAAAUCAUGUCAUCUCAAACAACAUAUCAGGUCUCAUACCGGUGAAAAACCUUUUAAAUGUACUCAGUGUGGGAGAGGAUUUGCAUCAUCCGGUGUGUUAAAAGCACAUAUUAGAACUCAUACAGGGUUAAGAUCCCACAAGUGUCCUAUAUGUAAUGGAGCUUUUACAACUAGCGGAAGCCUCCGACGUCACAUGGGGAUUCAUAAUGACCUGCGACCAUAUAUGUGUCCUUAUUGCCAGAAAACAUUUAAAACCUCCUUAAACUGCAAAAAGCACAUGAAAACCCACAGGUAUGAGGUUGCACACCAGCUCCAGCAACACCAACCCAUACCUCCAGAAGAAAACCCUGUAGAUCAAAUCCAUGUGUCUAAUCAGAUACAGGUAGAAAUAGAAGGGGCUGGUCUUCAUCAGUCAAACACUGUAGCCGCACAGGAAGAAGCUAUAUUACAGCUGAGCCCACAGCCAGAUAUGGGAACAGUCUCAACUGUACUGGAGCAGACACUCGCUGAUCAACCCCUAGAAACUGAUGAAGAUAGAUAUGUGACGUCCCAACAUACGCUACAAGAGAACAUUGGCCAGUAUGAGCCCCAGAUCUUGCCACCCCAACCAUUUGAUCAGCAGGGUCUUCCACAAGGCUUUACUGUAACUGAUGGGUUUAACCAGCAAACCUCGUUCCCAGCUGUGCAGCAGUUACAGGAUUCCAGUACCCUAGAGUCUCAGGAUCUUUCAACAAGCUACCAGCAGCCAACACUUAUGGAGACUGCUCGUUUAAUUCAGGAGGAGGCACAGGAAGAAAUUGAACUUCAGACCCAGCGCUCCCAAUUUUUAGAGUCUACGGAGGAUCAAAGCAGACGUGCCUACAGAUGUGAGUACUGCAAUAAAGGUUUUAAGAAGUCCAGUCACUUGAAGCAGCAUGUUCGAUCACACACUGGUGAAAAGCCAUAUAAGUGCUCGAUGUGUGGCCGUGGUUUUGUCUCAUCUGGGGUACUUAAGUCACAUGAAAAAACUCAUACAGGGGUUAAAGCGUACAGCUGCACCAUCUGUAAUGCUGCCUUUACUACAAAUGGUAGUCUGACCAGGCACAUGUCCACUCACAUAAGUAUGAAACCCUAUAAGUGUCCUUUCUGUGAUGAGACCUUCAGGACAACAGUACACUGUAAGAAGCACAUGAAGAAGCACCAGGAUAUCCCCCAAUCCCUUGUAUCAGAUACUGAUGGGACCACAAGAGAAGAAGGAGAUGAGUGUCUUGAUGAUGAGGAUGAAAACUCAGAAAGAGCUGCAUCUCGGAAGUCUCGGCAUGGUGUCAUCACUUUCACCGAGGAGGAGACUGCUGAGCUUGCAAAGAUUCGGCCAAGAGAAGGGGCCACUAUCUCUGAGAAGGUGCUGGUCCAGUCAGCAGCAGAAAAAGAUCGUAUAAGUGAAAUCAAAGAUAAACAGGCUGAGAUGGAAACCGAGCCCAAGUUUGCCAACUGUUGUUCUUAUUGUCCCAAAAGCUUUAAAAAGCCCAGUGACUUGAUCAGACAUAUACGUAUUCAUACUGGGGAGAAACCUUUUAAAUGUGAUGAAUGUGGAAAGAGCUUCACGGUUAAAUCAACACUGGAUUCCCAUGUGAAAACCCAUGCAGGUCAAAAACUGUUCAGUUGUCACGUCUGCACCAAUUCAUUCUCCACUAAGGGUAGCCUAAAAGUGCACAUGCGUCUGCACACUGGGGCAAAGCCAUUUAAGUGUCCACACUGUGAUAUGCGUUUCCGAACAUCGGGGCGUAGGAAGACUCACAUACAGUGUCAUUAUAAAUCUGAUUCUAAAAAGGCCCGGAAACAUGUUGUUCGUCGACAUCUUUCUCAAACUGCAAUACUGGCUCCCAGUUCUACAUCCAGCACGGUGGAAACUCUUCCAGCUAUAAAUCUACUGAAUUCAUCUGCAACAGAGCCAGGUGUCUUCAUUACAAACAGCUCUGUUCUUUCCAGCCAGUUUGAUCAAAGUUUGCUCCAGCAGGGACUAGUUGGACAAGCAAUCCUUCCUGCGUCUGUCUCGGCUGGUGGGGAUUUAACAGUCUCCUUAUCAGAAUGUAGUUUGGCCACUCUGGAAGGAAUUCAGUUACAGCUUGCUGCCAACUUGGUUGGACAGAAUGUACAGAUCUCUGGAAUAGAUGCUACAAGCAUCAACAAUAUAACACUACAGAUUGAUCCCAGCAUUUUACAACAAACUCUACAGCACAGCAGCAUUAUACCUCAGACACUCCCUGGGGACCUCGGUGCAGUACAGACUACCAACAGUCUGCAAACAAGUGAGAAUCCUGUGCCAGCUAAUGUUGUACUUCAGCCUAUAGCAAGCUUGUCUCUUCAGCCUGCCACAACUUCUUCCUCUAACCUAUCUAUUACACCUAUCUCUGAACAAGAAUCAGUGCUGACUUCGAGCAGUGCAACUGGACAGGAACUUUCCCAGGUUAUGACUUCUCAAGGUCUGGUAUCCACCUCUAAUGGACAACACGAGAUCACGCUAACCAUUAAUAACUCCAGUUUAAGCCAGGUUUUAGCACAUGCUGCUGGCACCACUCCUACGUCCUCCGUGUCACCACAGGAAAUUACUCUCACCAUAUCUGGUCAAGAUAUUAUGCAGCUGGGCCCUGCAGGAAGCAGUGAGCUGAACGGGAGUAUGAGACUAAACACACCUGCAAUUACUGGCCAGACUCCUGAGACCUCAUUAUCCUUAAAUAAUGAACACAUCUUAUCACAGGCCUCUACACUAACGACUACUUCAGAAUUGACCACUUCAACUGGCAGUCUACCUUGCACAACCUCAAUUUCACAAACCCCUGUGUCCACUCAAAAUCUGGUUAUGUCAUCUGGAGUAGGAGGAGAUGGUAGUGUAACCCUGACUCUGGCUGACACGGAGAGUAUGCUGUCUGGAGGGCUUGAUGCUGUGACCCUUAACAUCACUUCACAGACCCAGCAGUUCCCUGGCAUUCUGUCUGAAAACAGCUUAUCUGGACAAAGUGGUACUGGCUCCCAGCAGGUGAUAUUGGUGAGCCAUGCAACGCAGCCAUCCAGCAGUGACAGUGACCUGAAUUACCAGGUUACAGAUGAAUCUCUUAUUGAAAAGAACAGCGAUAUAGAUAAGCACGACCGAAUACAUCAGUGCUUUGAAUGCAAUCAUUGCUUUCCUUCAGCAUCAAUAUUAGCCGAGCACAAUAAAGAGACUCAUGGCAAGGAACGGAUUCAUGUGUGCCACCUGUGCAAUAAAGCCUUCAAGAGAGCUUCCCAUUUGAAAGAGCAUAUGCAGACACAUCAGCCUGGGCCUUCACGAAGUUCUCAGAUGCCAAAAUUAUUUCAUUGUGAUACAUGUGAUAAAGCAUUUGCUAAGCCAAGUCAACUUGAAAGACACAGUCGCAUUCAUACAGGAGAACGUCCUUUUCAGUGCACAUUAUGUGAGAAGGCGUUUAACCAGAAGAGUGCACUGCAGGUGCAUAUGAAGAAGCACACUGGAGAGAAGCCUUACAAAUGUGAUUACUGCUCUAUGACCUUCUCUCAGAAAUGCAAUAUGAAGCUUCAUAUGAAACGGAGUCACGGCUACCCUGAUCUUAUAGAAGAAGUUUCCAUGCACCAACAAGAAGAAGAAGAUGGGGAAGACAUCACCCAAACACUUGAUUUGGAAGAGGUGGUUCAAGAAUCAUCAGCAGACUGGCAGUGUGGAAUUAGUAAUGUGUUCUGAUGAUGGUGACACUCUACCGCUGACUUCAGUAAUCUGUUCUUGCUAAAACGUACAAACGAAUUGAAUAUUUUACGGUGUGAUUUACACACCUGUCACUGGGUAAAAUUAGUGUCAUUCCACUCGCACCAUACUGUAUAAGUUUAUUUUUUAUUAUUUGUAUUCCAAAGUUACAUGUUUAAAUUGCUGACCAUAGCUUGCAUAGUUUAUACUGACUUCUACACUUAUCUCAGGAACCUGAUUAUCAGUUGUUGUUCUAAAACUAUUUAUUGACAUUUUAAUGACUCUUGAAUUUCAAGCAUCAUUGGAUUUAUACGUCAGGGAUGUUAUUUUAUGUAGGGUGUAGUAAUUAUUGUUGCACUCAGUUACCCUGCCAGAUCCAGAGUAUCUUUGGCUUUCAGUAAGAAUAAUGUACACUAAGUGCAUGCUGGCUUCUUAAAUCUAUUGCUUUGACACAGCUGCACUCAACAACAACAUUGCCGGUUACAUACACACAUGUAUAGGUUCAUAUAUGUAGCUGUAAAAUUAUAUAUAUAUAUAUAUAUAUAUAUAUAUAUAUAGUUGUUGUUUUUUUUUUUUAAAUUCAGUUGUACACACACGACAUUAAUACAACCCUACUGGUAGAAUUUUCUGUUGGCAAAAAGCACUGGUACAUUGUAUCCUCUAUAUUAUAUGGUAAUAAUAGAAUUAUGUACCCGUUUGGAAAGUGGCUGGUCCAUUUUCCCCUGUUAAUUAGAAAAUUAUUGUGGGGUGGAUACUUUUUAGUUGUCUGUGAUGUCUCACAUUUAUGUAUUAAUAAUAAGCUUUAAUGCAUUUAUUUAACUUUUCCAUUUGUGCUUUACCAGCAAUGUUUGUAUUAUAAUGAUAGUUAUUUCCAUUAGAGUGCAUUACACUAAUACAGUUUAUUACACAAUGUGAAGACAUUAUUUGUCAGCACAAAAGCAAUAUUUCAUGAUUAAAGCAAAGUUCUAAGGCUUUCUUCUCUGAAACACAACUAUUGUUAUGUUGAGUCUUUAUAUGGGUGGCAUACAUUUAUUUUUUACGGACUGUAGGACAUAGUAAUUUGUCAGUACUUCCUUUUCUUGGCUAAUUCUGACACUUGUACUUAUACAGAAAUAACACACCUGACCUGGAAAUUGCGAUAAUUGCAUACAGUAGGUGAUUAUAAAGUACAAUGAAUACGCUUUGAAAGCUCUGUACCAUUAACAUAGACCAAAAAAUGUAGUCACCUUUUAACACCUGUUUAAACUACAUUGAAACCUCCUGCAGUAUAUUUUACAUCCCCCAAUUGAUAAUAUUUGCAGUUACUAUUGUUCAUUUAUGAAAUAAUAUUAAACUGGACUUUCACCUCCCCUCUUUCCCCUCCAUAUUUACUACAUUAUAAAUUGGCAGGAAGCCACACCAGCUGCUGUUUGUGUAAUUGCAGUAAUCCUGCAUUCAGAAAACAGUUAUCCUUUUAGUGUUGAAGUACAACUGAUAAGAUGACAUGUUUUAGACCAUGAGACAACAGAGAAGUAACAAAUGUCUGCAGAUUAUUUUAUCAAAUGGGGAAGAAAACCUAGAUCUUCCAAAAGUAAUAAAAUCCUAGUCUGUUGGGUGGCAUUUAUCAAACACAAAUAUUUCUUGAAUGUUACAUUAGCAGACCUGAUUGACAGAAGUAUUUAUAUAUGCCCCCGUAGACAUUUCAAGAGGGCUAUUUGAUAAAUAAUACAAUAUCUAUUUUUUUACUGCAUAUUAGUGUACAGUUCUUGAUUUUCCUUAGUAAUCUAUUACAUCUAAAUGUCUUACCAGUGAACAUGUUCACAUUUGAUAUUUUUGGCAGAUGAGAAGUCACCCCAUCUGGUCACCAUUUGUGCUAAAUACACAGAAAAUACUUAUUUCCAUAAGUACAUAUACAUGGAGAGUUCAUAACUGAUAUUGAAAUUAUUAUUUUCUUCUUAAUAACUCCUGUAGCAGUCCUGGUGUGGUUCAUAUAACUGCAAAAGCAGUGUUUUUUCAGGUAUUCACUUAUAGUCCCAUGUUUCUGGAGCUAAAAUAAAGUGAUAUUACCAUAACUUGUAUGAAUAAGUUUCAGAAAGCAACUUUUGCCUUCUGAUGAAUCAGAAUAUUACAUAGAACUUGUCCUUAACCUCUAUAUUUUUCAAUUUUAUAUUAUGAGGCCCUGUCCGUCUGUCCCCCCCUCCCAUAUAUUAUUUCCCCCUGAAUCUAUUUUUCAUGUGACAUUUCUCAUCCCCAUUUAGCCAUGUUUAGCAGCACUGUAUAAACACUAGUAAGCCAAGGAAAGUUUAUCAUCUCCCAGAAAACUGGUUAAUGUUGGAUUACACACUUGUAGUGAUAUUGGCACUCUGGUGGUGAUGGUGGUAUUAUGUAAACUAAAAUAAAAGAAAAACUCAGAUUAAUACCAUAUUAUUGUAAAAUAAGACUGAGUUUAAUUUAUAAUGUAAACUUUUUUUUUAGAACCCUAUUUUUGUAGAGGGGUGUAACUUUUUUAAGCCAAAUGUGUCAUCACGUUAUGUGUUUAGAGUUAAAACCAUUCACGUUGUUGCUCAUAAACGUCACAUUUAUUGCUUUCCUCUAUUUUAAUUUCCAUUCAAAACAUUAUUUAAAGACCAUUUUUAUUUCUCUAUGACACUACUGAGGUAUGAUAGAGUGGUAAUUUAAUGGAAUGUCCAUUUAUAAAGUCUGUGGCAUAAUACAGCCCCCUCCCCCACCCUGGUCAUCUCAAUCAAGCAGGUAAAUAUGCCUCUUACCUAAAUUUUACAGCUAUUUGUGAGAUAAGUGAUGGUGGAACAGAUUGUAUAGUAAUAACACCAGAGAGAUGUAGUUGUUAUAGGAAACAUUGAUUGUAUGAGCGGUAGCCAAAUACCCCAAACAAUGCAAUUUAGAGUGCUGUAGCUUGCUGCUAGACCUAGAGGCUGACAGCAGUGGUGGGCCCACCUCAAUAUACAUUUGAGGGGACCUCGUCCCACAUAUUUGUUACAGCUUCUGUUGAGGAGCUGACACAAUGGGAAGAUAAAUCUAAAAAGUCGCUCUGUGAGUUUCUAACACAGAUCAAAACUGGACAAAGCAGAAGAGCUGCCCGGUUGGAAUCGUUAGAAAUUAACACAGCCCUGUUUGCAUUGCCGCUUCUGCAAGUUAACAGAAGGGGCAGAAUAUGUUCUAACCAGCAGCGGUGAGUAGCCCCGGCCCCACAAUCCUGGCAGUUGUUGCAGGACUGAUGUUAGUUGAAACUUGUUUGGGUGGAUAGGACAGCUGUAGCAUUUCAUUGUCAGACAUAGGAAUGGGGGCACCAUUCUUCAUGUUCAUUAUUCCCAGCCAUAUUAAAUAUUGUUUAGAUACAAGCUGGUCCUUAUUACCUUAAUUUAAAUGUAGUUUAUUUCUUGUAGCUAGUUGCUACCUAUUUAUUUAUUUUCUCUAUGGGAAAAAUUGCUGUGGUUUAACACUCUUUGUAUUUUUUUAGUUCUUGUGACUUAUUUGUAUUACCAUGUCAGAUAAUUAUUUAACCUGAACUUGUGAAGGCUAUGAUAUACUAACACUCAAUAGCCUUUUUGAUUUCCUGCAUAAAGAGAUGUAUAGCAUUGCGUUUUCACAUAAUACAUAUAUAGCUGAAAGGAAACCUUUAGAAGAGAGAACGUCUGUCAUGAUGUUUUCAAGUGUUUUGUUGACUACACACACUGGAGUUACAGUAGCUGCAUAAUGCGUAAUCGGCAUGUUCACUUUAUGUGGGUGGAAAACCUAAUAAAAGUGACCUUUGCAUUUUGCUAAUAAAAGAGUUUGUUUCAAGUUUAUAGAACAGCCUUUUAAAAUGAUGUUGUAAUCACAGCAAUAUUCCCUGUGUAUAUAUUUAUAUUUUACAUAAAGACCUUCAAAAUGGCAACACAGUAUUUUUUCUGUAAAUAUUGAUUUACUUUACAUAACUUCUAUCUAAGCAGCAUUUUGUAUAUAGUGUAAAAUUUUUUGCUUUCUUUUGUUUUAAUGUAGUUUAGUCGUUUUUGUUUCCAGAUAAAAUAUUUUUGCUUUCAAAUGCUGUGAACAUGUUCCAUUGAUUUACUUUUAUCCUGUUCUCGUUUUCUUUAAAUUACUUAUUUUUGUUAUAAUACUCAAAAAUUGAGGAUCCACCUUUAUGCAUCUCUUGUUUAAUCUUUCAUCUGUAAAUAAAGAACUUUCUGAUAGCCUGUGACCUAAACAUAUGGUUUGUAAAAUAUUGAAGUUAAAAUAUAUUA